UUUGUCCUUCAUAUGAACAAUCUACGAGUGUGUAUUUCCCAAGUCGCAAUACGGAUGCCGUGUGUACGUGUGAGUGUGUAAUGGUGACUCACACAUACUAGCAAUACUUGAAAAUCAUGAUUAAAUGUCAUGAUUCAUGUUUUUCCCCCCAGAAAUUGUGACCAGCACAGCAUACUGAAACGAGCAAAGCAAUCAGCCACACACAAGUUAUAUUAUUACGUUCAAAAUGGCCAAGCAUUAAACAACACACAUAUUUUAUUUACAAAAUAUACAAUUCACGAAAGCGAAAUAAAUAAUGGAGACAAAGAGAGUUAACGAAUUCAGUUCAAAUAAAUUGUACGAAAUUUACAAUUAAAGUGAAGUGAAUAAAGAAUGAAUUGUUCAAAUGCCAAUAUGGCUACGUAAAAAAGUCAAAUACGGGGACAUGUGAGUGUGUGUAUGUAUACAAUCUAUAUAGACAGAUAGAUAAUAAAGACAGCAUUGAAAAAUAAAGAAAAUGAAGAAGAAAAAAGAAUUGAUGAGAAAAAUUGAGCAAAGACAAUUAUUGUUAAAAGAAAAAAAAGAAAUAUACAGACUUAAACGAAAAACCAAAACAAAGAAGAACAACAACCUAAAACGCUUUGUAAGAAUCGAUCAUUAUUGUGAAAUUGUGUAUUUGUCGCGUAUAGCGUGUGGAAAAUUCAACGCAUUUCCUCAUCUACUCAACUGACAUACACACUGAACGCUGUAGUGACAGAGUGGGGGCAUUGAAACGCAUUGUCAUUGUUUUUGUAAUAAUUUGUUGAUCCGAAAGAAGGAAAAGUUUUGAGAGUCGAUACAGAUUCACGAAAACACCACAAAAGAACAACCAAACACAAUACACAAUAAUAAACGAAGGCAAAGAAAAAACAGAAAGAAAGAAAAAUAAAAUUAUAAAGACAAUCACGCUAUUUACAUUGAAUGCAUGUACCAAAACACACAUACACACCCAUUUAGAGAGAGAGAGAGAGAGAGUUUGAAUAACAAUAAAUAAAAUACCAAAUACACAAAUACACUCACACAACAAACACACAAUCUUUGCAUACACAGUUCGCGCGGUGUAAAACGAUCGAGCGUAACACAUUGCAAAGUAAAAGAAAAGACGAUUAGUUAUUUAACGAGAAUUACGAUAAGCAAAAUUGAAGGGAAAGUAGUAUGGAGCUAUAGAGCUAGUGAAAAACAGCAACAACAAAUCGAAAAAGAUGGAUAAUACAGGAGUAAUAUCGUCGAAUGGAACGCCAUAUGAGAAAAUGUUCAAAGGUCCAAAUAGUAUAACGGCGCAAAAAGCGGCUGCCCUAACGGGUCAACAGCAACAGCAACAGCAAUUUUGCCAUCGAAAAGGUUUUACCGGUGGUCCAAUGUAUACCAUCGGCAAUGGCAGUGGGCAUGCACAGAUUUUAAUGAAUACACAAUCGAUAAUGACCGCAGGAAAUAUGCAUUUUGUGCCACCAACUCGUAACAAAUCCGCACUAUCGGCAUCGAUGCACUGUCAUCCAACGCUGCAACCGAUCAAAGUGUCAACCAGUAACGUAUCAUAUUUUAUGUCACCACAAUCUGAACAACUGAUUAUGUCACAAUCGGACAUUAUUCUACCGCAAUCAACUGAAAUGUACGCCAAAUCACAAUCUGGUCCAGAAAUGAUUGUCACAAAACCAUCGUAUGCCUUUAUGAAUAAUGCACAUGCUCGAAUCGCAUCGACGACUGCACCGACCUAUGUUCGAAUCGAACAUCAUCUGAUCAAACGAACAUCGGGACCGAUUAUCGAAGAGAAUCCGAAAUUUUUCAAUAAUGAUAAUCAAAAAAGCACUAGCCUUGGUAACAGUGGUAUGCAAACGACAACGAAAACAACAACAACAACAACUGCCGUUGAACCAAACACCCUGGUGAAUGCGAUCAAAAGUUGCGUUUUUAAUUAUUUGAUAAAACCAAUCAUUGAUACGACAACAAUGUUUGUGGGUACUGAUAAUAACGGAAAAUCCACAUUAAACGGCGACACCAAUGUAUGGAAUCAGCAUGAUACAAAAGCCACAGCCGGUGGUUCGCCAACAGCGACGAACAAAAACCAUAUGAAUUCGUCACCCAAUCCCUACACCGAUUUUAAUCAUAGUAGCGAUAGGUUUUGUUUUACAAGCGACAAGCCAAAUUAUUUUACGUAUAUGCCUGAUAAAUUUUUCGACUGUGAUGAUUAUAUCGAUGGUGGUGAGGAUACAAUUGAUUUUGUAGCUGACAGCACGAAUCUGCAAUAUAAUCGAUUUGGUGGCGAUUUGGAUCUGGAUACGAAUUCUUUUGUUCAACAACCAUCGCCAAAAGAUCAUAUUUUUUACGAUUGUGUUAAUAAGUGUGAAACGCCUGAAUUGAUCGCCGUCGUGCAAGAGGAGGUGAAACAGAAAAAAAUCGCCGAUGAUAAUUUAGACGUAGUUUGUAGCACGAAAAAUACGGAUGAUGUCAAAACAACUGUGCAAUACACUGAGGCAGAGACGGAAGAAGAGGUGAUGGUGGUGGAAAGAUCGCCAAUCAAUUGUCCAAAAUAUGAAAAAUCAAAUCAAAAUUCGUAUCGACGCAAACGGCGUGGUAAACGAAAACAACAACAACACCAAUACCAACAACAGCAACAAAAACAAAAACACCACAAAGCCAACAAUCGUGCGAUAAAAGGCAAUGGCCAAAAGAAUCGUCACGAGAAAAUCCGACAUGAAGUCGAACAAAACAUUCAUGAGGACAUUGAUGACUGCUCUGUGGUCAGAGACUGUUGUGUUGUUUCGUAUGAACCGGACGACGAUGACAAUGGUGAUGAAGACGAUUUGGAAAUUAUUGAUGUCGACGAUGAACAUUUACCAAAGAGCCACCCAUGCACUGCAAAUGCCGCAACGGAUGCCAAUGCCAUUGUCACAAUAAAAUCAACGGCCCAUUGCAUCGAAACACCAAUUCCAUCACCUGAAAUCAUUAAAUCGGGCUGCAUAUUUACACAGUUUUUCCGGUUGGACAAUUUGAAUUGUAAACAAAAGUCAUGGUUACCACUGCGUUGUAUGCAGAAACAAGUGCCACCACAAUCGAAACCAAUGCUGAGAGAACGACCCGUUACGUGUCGACGCAUCUCCGAAACAUCGGAAAGUGACGAAAGUUUUAUUGUUUUUGAGGAUAAUAGCCCCAGAUCGACCACUAGCAUUGAUGAUCUCAUCACAAAAUCAACAACCAACCUUCGAGAUAACACAUACAAACGCCAACGCCAAAUAUCCGAAUGCAGCGAUGAUUUCAUCCUUUUCGAAGAUGAUACCGACGAUUUGUGCCGACGCUACGAUACCACCGAUGAAGAUUUCACCGAUUCCACCGACGAUAGUGAUAACAGUGAAGAUGAGUGUGGCGACGAGAGCGAUAGUUCGGACUGUUCAUCGAUAUCACAGCGGAAGCAUGAUGGCGAGAGUAAUCAACCAGAUUCUGGUUUUGAAGAGAAAAAGGUGACAUUUAAUUUGUGUCCAAAGGUGCACGAGAUACGUGCUUGGAAAUUUGCCUAUUCGCAAGCUCGCAAGGGUAAAUGGGAGCAAUUGGGCCGAGAUCGUGAACGGUUUGAAAAGCGAAUCAACGGAUUGAGUCGUGUACUGUCACCCAUUCUAGCAUCUGAACACCGUCAAAAGAUCUACGAACAAAGAUUCCGAAGCGAUGCAUAGUCACACACACACACACACACACAUACACACACAUACGCAACACACAGAGAUCUACGAACACAUAUCACACAUCCACAAAAUGCGUUGAAAAUUGACGAAAUUCUGCAAUCCAUUCGAUUCAGUAGUAGAGAAAUCCAAGUCCGGUUGAACUGCAUGAUGAAAGUGUGGGAAAUGUGUUGAAACGUCGAAGCAAAGACGAAAAGACGGCUAUUCUUUGUCUAAAAUUGUUUUUUUUUAUUUUGAUUUUUUUUUAAAUCGAAACAGCUCGACUUUUGUAUUGAUUUCGGUCACGAUCUGAAUAUCAUCGAAAUCAUCAUUCAACACAUAUUCGUUCAUCGUCCAAAUUAGAACGUGUUUUUCUUUACUUCACAUUUCUAAAUUCAAACGGACUUUUUUUCAACAGCUCGGAUCGACCGAGACUCUGUCGAUCUGAGAGAUCAUAAAACCAAAUAAGAAUUUAAAAAAAAAACGAUCGAAACUAAAGUACAACAACAUUCGCUUUACUUGGGAAAUGGAGACGGAAAAAAAACCAACCAAUUCUAGCUAGCAAUUCUUGGAUAUGAAAAAAUCAUUUGUUAUCAUGAUAACCAUGUAAAACGUAAUGUGAAACGUAAAUGGGGUUAAGAAUACGAAAUCCAAUCAAAAAUCAUGAAAUUGUCAACUCGUAAAAUGUAUUUUAGUUUUUAGGUGAUGAAAGAGAUGCAAAAAAGAAAUUUAACAGAAAGUACUGGUGUGAUGUUUCAUUUUAAAAAGCUGAAAACGGCAACUAUAUAGAGAAAUUUAUUGUAUUUUUUUUUUAAAUUUAUUUUCGUUUCGAAUCGCAAUAGUGUACAUCCAAAUCUGUACCCAUGCGAAACGUUGGCAAAAACGAAAAUGGGCCAAGAAUUUAUGAAAUUGGAUUUUUAUUUUCUAUGCAACAACAGCAACAAUAAAAACAUACAUUUCCAAAGAGAAAAAAAAUCGUACGCAAUUUAUAAGCAAGAAAAUGGAAAUCGAAGCGAUCUAUUUAAAAACAACAACAAGUGAAAAUCAUAUGUUUAAGAUUUAGUUAAAGCAAAUAAGGGCAACAAAAAAUUCGUGAGUGAAAAAAGAAAAUGUAAAAAAGCAACACAACAUAACAUUGAAUUUUUAAAUUAUUAUUAUCAUGUAAGCCUGUAAUUAAUAUGCUAUUUUUAUUACGAAAAAUGGAAAGAAAAUUGUUUUUGUUUCAAAAUCGAAUAAAUUAAAUAAAAAAAAAUUAAAA